GGCUGCUCCCUCAGUAGUGUUCUAUGGCUAACCUGUCCCAGUGCCUGGAUGAUGCCCCCCUGGGCAGCCGCCUCCCCGCAGCAGCCCCCCCUGACCUGUACAGCGAGGCUCAGCGCCUGGCUUUGGAGGAACUGGUGUCUGGAGGGCCGGUGGCACUGAGGGGCUUCCUGCAGAAGGAGAGGGUCCCUGGGUUCCUGUCUGAGCCCGAGGUGGGGGAGAUCCUGAGCUGCGCUGCCUCCCUGCACUGCCCCGAUGACGAGCUGUCGGUGUCCGCCUCCGUGGACUGUUCCUCGGUGACUUACUUCCCCGAGCGCUCUGAUGUGGAGCCCCCGAUGCUGGAGCUCGGCUGGCCGGCUUUCAGCGCUGGGUCCUACCGAGGAGCCACCCGGGUGGAGACACACUUCCAGCCCAGCUAUGGGGAGACCAUCUACAGCUGCAAGGAGGCGGUCAGGGCCCUGAUCAGGGCUGCCAGGGAGGUAAUUGCAGUGGUGAUGGACACUUUUACCGAUAACGACCUUUUCCGGGACAUGCAUGAGGCGUGCAGGAAGCGUAGAGUUCCAGUCUAUAUCCUUGUGGACCAGUCACAUCUCCCACACUUUCUAACCAUGUGCCAAAACCUGGGAGUCUCCCUUGAGACAGAGCAGCUGAUGCGGGUCCGCACUUUAAAUGGAAGCAACUAUUAUACUCGUUCUGGUGCCAAGAUUGUUGGCAAGGCACGAGAGCGGUUCCUCCUUGUGGAUGGACUGAAGGUAGCUACUGGGAGUUAUAGCUACACAUGGAUGGAUGGAAAGCUAAAUAGCAGUAAUUUAAUAGUACUGAGUGGCCAAGUGGUGGAGAAAUUUGAUCUUCAGUUUAGGGUCUUGUAUGCCCAGUCCAGUCAAAUAAAUGCCAAAUCUCUGUCUAACACAAAAAAUCGUGCUGUCUCGCUGGACCAGCUACUGUGCAAUCUUCCAAGUCAUAGGAAAACAACUGUGAGCAACCUUGUCCAAAUGGAGUUGGCUAAACUAUCCAGUACACCAAAGAGGGUUUUUAAUACCAGAAAUGUUAAAGAAGUUCCUCCCGUGGAUGCCCCAAAGACUUCAGAAGAUGAGUGGUUACAGAAUUGUGAUAUCAUCUCUGGCCUCAAAGAGAUGGAGAAUGUUGCCACUCAGACAGAACCAUGUGAAUUCCAUGCAAGUAUAAUGGCAAUGGAUGCAGCCACUCAAACUAGUGUGUCAUCAAGUAUUGCUGCGACACAAACUUUUAUGCCAGCUAGAGUAGCUUCCACCCAGACUGUAGUAUUCUCCAGAGAGAUGACAACUCAAACGUCACAAACUAGCGAACCUUUAACAGCAAGUGUAGGCCAAAGUACGACAACUUAUUCUACCGGAAUCAAGUUGCCCACUACCUCCUCCACCUCUUCAUCCUCCUCUUCAUCUUCUGCUUCAACCAUCAGCACUGGCUCAAGCGCCUCCAUCCGAUCAAUUGGCAUGGUGGGCAGCAGGCUGCAACAGUCUGAUUACCCACUCAGGGACAACAUAAAGAAGCUCACAAAAGAGCGCCAGUAUCAUUAUUCCACCAUUCGUUCUAAGCUGGACCAUAUGGUUUCCAUACUGUCCAGGAAGAAUCGUUUUGGCAGUAGUUACCUGGGAUGUGAGCCAGCUGGCUAUGGCUUUCAAAGGAGGGACGUGAUGCACAGUAGUCUUCUCAAUCUUCGUGAUGGGGCACGAUUUGGCGCCCACAUAUAAAACCUAAACUUUCAGAAAGCAUGGCAUCUUUAAUUUUAACCUUUCUCACAGCAGUGUUUCCAGACAGUGCAUCUAGAUAAUCUUUCAUGGUUAUGGUAACCUCUAUGAUGAGGCUUUGAGAGUCCACCACUGUGCUGCUGUUUCCGCACUUUAGACAUGAUGAUUGACUGACUGACUGCUAAGCUGAAGUUGGACUGAGUAGAAAAUCCCAUGGGUAUCUGCAAUUCUAGAUCAUCAUGCCUCUAGACUAGAUCCCUCUGGUUUUAUAAUUUUUUUUUUUUAAUGUUUUGUACAAAAUCUUAAAAAAAAAACUUUCUCACCUGUCUUGUAUGCUUUGAGGGCUUCACUUUGCCCCCACCCUUAACCACCCCAAGCAAUGGAGGUCCUGUCUUCUCUUGAUAUCCGCAGCUAUGACAUUCUCCAUUUAUCUCCUCCAGCAAUAAGAUGAACAAGUUCAAACGUCUUUGUAUUGUAGCUGCAGGAAUGAACUAUAACACUAUUUGUCACCUGCUGUUUGUAAUAGUGUGGGUUAACCAUAUACUCUCUGAUGUAGACUGUAGGUUCUUAAGUACAUUUGGUAUAAUAAUAAUAAUAAUGCCUGUAUGAUCCUUGGAGACAGUCAGCCUGUGCUACUGCUUUUUGUUUUUAUCGUGUGGUGGUGGGAUUUGGUUUGUCUUAAAGCGUUUAUGAUUGAAAAUCUUUACAUGUCAAAGAGCACCCCUCCCCCAUAGUUGUUAAUUAUUUAACAGUUUAACUUCCCGAAAUAAGUCUGUGUCUAUAACAAUGAAAAUUGCAACAUAAUCCCACACUUGAUUGAGGUUCUCAUCCGUUCCACGCAGCUCUGGAUCUUUUUCAAAUAAGACAAUGUGCAAUUAGUUUAAUAUUUCAGCCUGCUGCGUGUUACUGUGUGGAUUCCAAUACUUCCUAAGGAAGUAGAUUACAUUUAUAGCUUUUGUUACAAAGUUCUAUAGCUCUGUGGUCGUACUCUAGUACAGAGAAUGCAGCAAGCGAACAGGAUUACAUUAUACAUCCGAUUUGCAGUAGGUAAUGGCCAAAACAGCAAAGUUCCGAUUUUACUAGUAACUAUACGUUUUGUUUGUUUUUGUUUUUCUCUGUCUUCUUAAAGUUACAUUAUAUUUUUCUUUGCUGUUCUGGAUCCAUACAAUCUAGGAUAUUGUGUGAUCUCUGGGUAAUGAUCCUGGUACGUGGGGUUUGUCAUUUUAUGUACAUACAUUUAAUUAGUUAUAAAGGGUUGAGCAGCAAGUAUUUUAUGACUGCAUUAUUGAACUUUGAAAUUGGACUAACUUGUUUUUUUUUUUGUUAACUCUAAACCCAUCCCAUAUUUCAAACAUUGUACUUUAUGAAGACUAACACUCUUAUUAAAGAAUAAUAAAAUCUAUAAAAUGCCAUUCAAUGUUGUAGCUCCCAUUUAAAAUGGAAGUCCCACUCUUUAAACAAACAUUGCUGUUAUGUUAAUAGUACAUAAUCUAUAUUUUAAUGAAGUAUAUACACCUUUGAAAGUUACUGUGCAUACAGAUUAGUACUCGUACUGCAAGAUAAUUUGUAUAUAAUAUAAAAUAUUCAUUGCAACAGUCUGUUCUAUAGAAAUUGCCAAAUCCCCAGCAACCACAAACACGUUUUAAUAUAUGAAAUGUGAUGACACUUGUAAAGUACCCCCCAUGGCUUGUAAAUCACUGUUGGCACGUAGCAUCCAAUAUUCACUCAUUUGUCUGCUUAAGGGAUACUGUCAAACACUAAUUCCAUUGUUCCUGCUAUAUUGAAUAUAUGCGUUGUUAUUACAGGUUACCUUGACUAGAAAUGGCGAAUAGAUUAGAAAUAGUGAUGUACCGAACUGUUCGCCGGGAACCGUUCGCCUGCGAACAUAUGCAAUGGUCGGUCCGCCUCCUAUUCGUCAUCAUUGAGUAAACUUUUACCCUGUACCUCACAGUCAGCAGACAUAUUCCAGCCAAUCAGCAGCAGACCCUUCCACCUCCAUGACGAAUAGGGGGCGGACCGACCAUCGCAUAUGUUCGCCCGCCACAUUCGCCACAAACAAGCUAUGUUCGCCGGUGAACAGUUCGGGACAUCACUAAUUAGAAAUAAUCUGGUGUAUUCACCAAGUACUCAUGCCUUUAUCUUGAAACAAAGAACCAGUAUAUGUUGUUGGGGGAAGAAGAAAA